AUGGCUCUCGCGUCCUUCGAUGGCGACUUCAGUUUUUCCCAGGAGCCGGGCCCGGACACGCAGUUCUCUCCCUGCCUUCCCUGCCUUCUGCCGCAGAAGUUUCCCUUCUGCGAGACAGGAGAGCAACAGUACGGAACUCAGACAUUCGCGAAGCGCACGAAGCAGUUGAAGCAGAGCAAAGCAUUCCAGGCGCAGCUGCGCCUCGAAGAGCUGCUGAAGGAGUACUCGGAAGAGCGUGACAAGAAGCGUGUCACGCUCGACCAGUCCUUCACACCGGAUGACGCCGACUUCUCUGCAGCUAAAGCCUAUGAUUACGAUCGCAGCACCAAUUACUACGAGAUUCUCGGGAUAGAUGAGUAUGCUCCUCUGGACGAAGUGAACCGCGCCUACAAGCGCCUUUCCCUCGUGUACCACCCCGACAAGACAAAGGGGAUGAGUGCGCAGCAACAGGAGGACUAUGAGACAAUCUUCAUCUCAGUGAAGAAUGCUCACUUGGUCCUAGGGGACCAGCCCACCCGGAGACAGUAUGACAAGGAUCGCGAUCAAGACAGAGCCAAAGAGGUCGUCAGCGGGGUGAAGGCUCCUUCAUCCCAGCAUGUGGACCUAACGGAGGUUUUAAAGCGCAUCAGCGAGAUGCAGAGGCCUCCAGGCAAAGUGGUUGAGGUUGCCCUUGAACUGGAGCUUGAGCAGUUCUUCUACGGCACACAUAAGGCCGUUUCCAGAGAAAGACGCAUCAAGGACUUCUAUGCGGGCAUGAUCAACCAGGAGCACGUGUACAGAUUCCACGUUCCGCGAGGGGCACCAGAUCCCUGGGAGUUGACUUUUAAGGAGCAAGGGGACCACAAUCCCGACACUAGGCCAGACACUGUGAAAUUCCGUAUCACUGCCCGUCCACAUGCUGUGGUCACACGGCAGGAAGGCGACCUCCUGCGAUCGGAGGCAGGGACAGAGACAGAUCUAGUCUUGCCCUUCUUUCAUGCUGAGUGGCUGGAGUACCUGAGUGCACCACGGCCUGUUGAGCGGGAGCAAAGACUGCAGCAGGAGAUCCAGCUUUCUGCUGGAUCCCUGGCGGAGGCGGGUGACAUGUGCGGAAUCGAAGACUCGGGUAAAAGAGAGAACAAUCUAGUGCAGAAGCGCAGAGGCCUACUUCACUGCUCAAGUGCCUGCACUUCGAGGGCGCAGGCUCUGGACUAA